AUGGGUUCAAUCUGGAAAAUGUUGGGAAUCAGCGGUUUGGUUUUCACAGUCUUGUUCCUCUCGUUGGUUUGUUCUUCAGUUAGAGCUGACGUUUCCUAUGAUGAUAAAGCAUUUAUCAUUAAUGGGAAAAGGAGGAUUCUUGUUUCUGGUUCUAUUCACUAUCCAAGAAGCACUCCUGAGAUGUGGCCUGAUCUUAUACAAAAGGCUAAAGAUGGAGGGUUAGAUGUUAUACAGACAUAUGUGUUUUGGAAUGGGCACGAGCCUUCUCCUGGAAAAUAUAAUUUUGAAGGGCGUUUUGAUCUUGUAAAGUUCAUCAAGCUGGUACACCAGUCCGGGCUCUAUGUUCACCUCCGAAUCGGGCCUUACGUUUGUGCAGAGUGGAAUUUUGGGGGAUUUCCUGUUUGGCUAAAAUAUGUACCAGGAAUAGAAUUCAGAACAGACAAUCAGCCUUUCAAGGUUGCUAUGCAAAGAUUCGUCCAAAAAAUUGUCGACAUGAUGAAGUCAGAAAGUUUGUUUGAACCUCAAGGAGGGCCAAUUAUCAUGUCACAGAUAGAAAAUGAGUAUGGACCAGUAGAGUGGGAACUUGGAGCUGCUGGUAAAGCUUAUACUGCAUGGGCAGCGAAAAUGGCUGUGGGACUGGAUACUGGUGUUCCAUGGAUAAUGUGCAAACAAGACACUGCUCCUGAUCCCAUUAUAGAUACCUGCAAUGGUUUCUACUGUGAAGGCUUCCGUCCAAACAAGCCCUAUAAGCCCAAAAUGUGGACUGAAGCCUGGAGUGGCUGGUAUACACAGUUUGGUGGCCCUGUUCCUCACAGACCUGCUGAAGACUUGGCUUUUUCAGUGGCUAGAUUUGUCCAGAAUAAUGGUUCAUUCUUCAAUUAUUACAUGUACCAUGGAGGAACAAAUUUUGGUCGAAAUGCAGCUGGUCUUUUUGUUGCCACCAGCUAUGACUAUGAUGCUCCAAUAGAUGAAUAUGGACUUCUGAAUGAGCCAAAAUGGGGGCACUUGAGAGAUUUACACAAAGCAAUUAAGCAAUCCGAAGCAGCUUUAGUUUCAUCUUAUCCCACGGUCACAUGGCCUGGAAAGAAUCAGGAGGUUCAUGUCUUCAGAUCAAAAUCCGGGGCUUGUGCUGCAUUUCUUUCCAACUAUGACCGUACAUAUCCUACUAAGCUGACCUUUAGAAAUAUUCAAUAUGAUCUGCCCCCUUGGUCGAUUAGCAUUCUGCCCGACUGCAAGACUGAAGUUUACAACACUGCGAGAAUUAGCUCCAUGAGUUCCCAGGCAAAGAUGGUACCUAUAAGUGGUGAUCUAAGUUGGCAAUCAUAUAACGAACAAACUCCUUCUGCUGAUGACAGUGACACACUAGCAAUGGACGGCUUGUGGGAGCAAAUAAAUGUUACCAGAGACUCCUCUGAUUAUUUAUGGUACCUAACAGAAGUUGGUAUAGCUUCUGAUGAAGGAUUUCUGAAGAGUGGACAGUGGCCCCUUCUCACAGUUAUGUCAGCCGGUCAUGCCUUGCAUGUUUUUAUCAAUGGCCUGUUAUCAGGAACUGUGUAUGGGAGCCUGGAUAGUACGAAAUUAACAUAUGGUGGCAAUGUAGAUUUGAGAGCUGGAAUUAACAAAAUAUCUUUACUUAGUGUUGCUGUGGGUCUACCGAAUGCCGGUAUGCACUAUGAGAGGUGGAAUACGGGAGUUCUUGGUCCCGUCACUUUGCAGGGUCUCAAUGAGGGGACGAGGGACUUGACAAAGCAGAGAUGGUCUUACAAGGCUGGUCUGAAAGGCGAAUCACUCAGCCUUGACACUGUCAGUGGAAGUUCUUCAGUCGAAUGGAUAGAGGGAUUGCUCUUGGCUCAAAAGCAACCUCUAACGUGGUAUAAGACGACAUUUGAUGCACCAGAAGGAAGUGAUCCAUUGGCUAUAGAUAUGAUCAGCAUGGGGAAAGGUGAAAUAUGGAUAAACGGCCAAAGCAUAGGCAGACACUGGCCAGGAUAUAAAGCAAAAGGCAGUUGUGGUGAGUGUAACUAUGCUGGCACAUUCAGUGAGAAGAAAUGCCAAAGGGGUUGUGAUCAGCCCUCUCAGAGAUGGUACCAUCUUCCGCGUUCAUGGCUGAAAUCAAGUGGGAAUCUGUUGGUUGUAUUCGAAGAAUGGGGUGGUGACCCGACUCAAAUCUCUUUGGUUAAGAGAACAACAUAACAAAGUACGAGCACAAUGUCGUUCAAGUGAAGAUACCUGAAUGGAGGAUUUUACUUCAAAAACUUCUCUUCAAGCUUUCAUCCAGAAGCCCACUGAUUGCUUUGGGGGAUGACAAAUUGUAAAGUUAUAUCAUUCUCCAGCCUGCAAUAUAGAUAAUGCACUUGAAAACAGAAACACAUGUAAAGAUGCAUAUCUGGUCCUCAACCUAUUUUGUCGAGACAACGAUACUUGUGUAGGAGUCAGUUGAACUCGAAUGUAAUGAAGCUACUUGCUAAAGUACAUGUCAAUGAGUACCAGGUUUAUUGGAAUAUGCUUGGAGAAAAAAA